AGGCGGAGCCGCCGCCGCCGUCGUCGUCGUCGUCUCCUCCUCCUCCUUCACUGUGAGACAGCAGCAGCAGCAGCAGCUUGAGGAGAACGAGUGAAGAGCUGCCGCCGCCCCUGCCCUGCGCCGCUGCCCGGCCGGCCAUGCCCUCUCGGGCAAGGUAAUGAGCCGCAGAGCCCCGGGGUCUCGGCUGAGCGGCAUCGGCACCAGGCAGCACUAUCACCCGCGGAGCUGGAAUGACUGGCAACCCAGAUCUGACAGUGCAUCAGCUGACCAAGACAAUUUAAAAUACCUUGCAUCCAGAGACCGGGGCAGCUCUGCCUCCUAUGGAUUACAACCCUCGAAUUCAGCUGUGGUGUCUCGACAAAGACACGAUGAUAUCAGAGUCCACACUGACAUACAGAAUGAAGAAAAAGGUGGCUACAAUGUCAAUGGAGGAUCUGGGGAAAAUACUUAUGGUCGGAAGUCGGUGGGGCAAGAGCUGAGAGUUAACAAUGUGACCAACCCUGAUUUUACCAGUGUUCAGCAUGGAAAUCGUGCUUUAGUCACAAAAGACAUGAGGAAAUCACAGGAGCGAUCGUUGUCUUUUUCUGACGAGUCUCGACUGUCAAAUCUUCUUCGGAGGAUUACUCGGGAAGACGACAGAGACCGAAGACUGGCUACUGUAAAGCAGUUGAAAGAAUUUAUUCAGCAACCAGAAAACAAACUGGUACUAGUUAAACAACUGGAUAAUAUCCUGACUGCCAUACAUGAUGUGCUUAAUGAAAGUAGCAAAUUGCUUCAAGAACUGCGACAAGAGGGAGCUUGCUGUCUUGGCCUUCUUUGUGCUUCUUUGAGCUACGAGGCUGAGAAGAUCUUUAAAUGGAUUUUUAGCAAAUUUAGCUCAUCCACUAAAGAUGAAGUUAAACUUCUUUACUUGCGUGCAACCUACAAAGCACUAGAGACUGUGGGAGAAAAGAAAGCCUUUUCAUCUGUAAUGCAGCUUGUAAUGACCAGCCUGCAGUCCAUUCUAGAAAAUGUGGAUACACCAGAGUUACUGUGCAAAUGUGUCAAGUGCAUCCUUCUGGUGUCCCGAUGUUACCCACAUAUUUUCAGCACCAAUUUUAGGGACACAGUUGACAUAUUGGUUGGGUGGCAUAUAGAUCACACUCAGAAACCUUCUCUGACACAGCAGGUAUCUGGAUGGCUACAGAGCUUGGAGCCAUUUUGGGUAGCUGAUCUUGCUUUUUCCACCACACUUUUGGGUCAGUUUCUAGAGGAUAUGGAGGCAUAUGCUGAGGACCUCAGCCAUGUGGCCUCUGGAGAAUCAGUGGAUGAAGAUAUUCCUCCUCCUUCAGUAUCACUACCUAAAUUAGCUGCGCUUCUUCGGGUUUUCAGCACUGUUGUGAGGAGUAUUGGGGAACGCUUCAGCCCAAUUAGAGGACAACCAAUUACUGAAGCAUAUGUAACUGAUGUUCUGUACAGAGUAAUGAGAUGUGUGACUACAGCGAACCAAGUUUUCUUCUCUGAGGCUGUACUGACGGCUGCCAAUGAGUGUGUCGGGGUUUUACUUGGUAGUCUGGACCCGAGUAUGACUAUACACUGUGACAUGGUCAUCACAUAUGGCUUAGAUCAACUGGAGAAUUGCCAGACUUGUGGUACCGAUUAUAUCAUCUCAGUCUUGAAUUUAUUGACACUGAUUGUUGAACAAAUAAAUACAAAAUUGCCAUCGACAUUUGUAGAGAAAUUGUUUAUACCAGAAUCUAAAUUGCUUGUACUCCGUUGCCAUAAGGAGAAAGAGGUUGUUGCAGCAGCCCAUGCUGUCUAUCAAGCAGUAUUGAGCCUGAAGAACAUUCCUGUUUUAGAGACUGCUUACAGGUUGAUUCUGGGAGAAAUGACCUGUGCUCUAAAUAGUCUCCUUUGUAGCCUACAACUUCCUGAGGCAUGUUCUGAAAUCCAGCAUGAUGCUUUUAAGAACCAUGUAUUCAAUGUGGCUAAUGCAAAGUUUGUAGUUAUAUUUGACCUCAGUGCCCUAACUACUAUUGGAAAUGCUAAAAACUCAUUGAUUGGGAUGUGGGCCCUUUCUCCAACUGUGUUUGCUCUGUUGAGUAAGAAUUUGAUGAUUGUUCACAGUGACAUAGCUGUUCACUUUCCUGCUGUCCAGUAUGCAGUUCUCUACACUUUGUAUUCACAUUGUACCAGGCAUGACCACUUCAUAUCCAGUAGCCUCAGCUCCUCCUCUCCUUCUUUGUUUGAUGGAGCAGUGAUUAGCACUGUAACCACAGCUACAAAGAAACAUUUCUCUAUCAUACUAAACCUUUUGGGGUUAUUGCUUAAGAAGGAUAACCUUGUUCAAGAUACCAGGAAACUACUGAUGACCUGGGCUUUAGAAGUGGCUGUUCUAAUGAAAAAAUCAGAAACAUAUGCACCAUUAUUCUCUCUUCCAUCUUUCCACAAGUUUUGUAAAGGACUUCUAGGAAACACCCUUCUUGAAGAUGUGAAUAUCUGUCUUCAAGCAUGUAGUAGCCUCCAUGCCCUAUCAUCUUCCCUACCAGAUGACCUUUUACAAAGAUGUGUUGAUGUGUGCCGUGUUCAACUAGUCCAUAGUGGUGCCCGUGUAAGACAAGCUUUUGGAAAACUGUUAAAGUCAAUUCCUUUGGAUGUGGUUCUGAGUAACAGCAACCACACAGAAAUACAAGAAAUCUCUUUGGCUGUAAGAAAUCACAUGAGCAAAGCUCCAAGUAAUACAUUCCACCCACAGGACUUCUCUGAUGUCAUUAGUUUUAUUUUGUAUGGGAGCUGUCACAGAACAGGGAAGGACAAUUGGUUAGAAAGAUUGUUCUACAGCUGCCAGAGAUUAGAUAAGCGUGACCAAUCAACCAUUCCUCGCAAUCUAUUGAAGACAGAUGCUGUGCUUUGGCAGUGGGCUGUUUGGGAAGCAGCUCAGUUUACAGUCCUUUCUAAGUUGAGAACCCCUCUAGGUAGAGCCCAAGAUACGUUCCAGACAAUUGAAGGUAUCAUUAGAAGUCUUGCAGCCCACACGUUAAACCCUGAUCAAGAUGUUAGCCAGUGGACUACAGCAGAGAAUGAUGAAGGACACAGCAGUAAUCAGCUUAGACUUGUUCUCCUUCUACAGUACUUGGAGAAUCUGGAGAAAUUGAUGUACAAUGCUUAUGAAGGAUGUGCUAAUGCACUCACUUCUCCACCCAAGGUUAUCAGGACAUUCUUCUAUACUAACCGCCAGACCUGCCAAGAUUGGCUAACUCGGAUUAGACUUUCUAUCAUGCGGGUUGGAUUGUUGGCUGGUCAACCUGCUGUGACAGUCAGACAUGGUUUUGAUUUACUCACAGAAAUGAAGACCAAUAAUGUCUCUCAGGGAAGUGAAUUAGAAGUGACAAUUAUGACGUUGGUGGAAGCACUAUGUGAGCUUCAUUGCCCUGAAGCUAUACAAGGAAUAGCUGUCUGGUCUUCUGCUAUAGUUGGGAAGAGUCUGCCUUGGAUUAAUUCUGUAGCUCAGCAAGCAGAAGGACGGUUUGAAAAAGCAGCUGUUGAAUACCAGGAGCACUUGAGUUCCAUGACAGGAGUGGAUUGCUCCAUAGCUGGUUUUGAUAAAUCUGUCCUGAAGUUGGCCAAUUCAAAUAGUGGCAAUAAUGCCAGCCCAAAGCAUUCUUUGAAUGGUGAAACUAGAAAAACUGUUCUGACUAAACCAAGUGAUUCUUCACCUGAAGUUAUAAAUUACUUGGGUAACAAAGCAUGUGAAUGUUACAUUGCAAUUGCUGAUUGGGCUGCUGUACAAGAAUGGCAGAAUGCUGUCCAUGACUUGAAAAAAAGCACAAGUAAUACCUCAGUCAAUUUAAAAGCAGACUUUAACUACAUAAAAUCUUUAAGCAGCUUUGAAUGUGGAGAACUUACUGACUGUACAGGACAGCUAGAACUGCUGCCUGGAGAAAACAUCAACCUACUUACUGGAGGAUCCAAAGAAAAAAUAGACAUGAAGAAGCUGCUUCCUAACAUGCUAAGUCCUGAUCCAAGAGAAUUUCAGAAAGCAAUUGAAGUACAGUUGUUGAGAAGUUCAGUAUGUCUGGCAACAGCUAUAAACCACACAGAACAGGAACAAAAGUGGCAAUUGAUAACUGAAAAUAUUGUAAAAUACCUGAAGCAGACGUCUCGAAUAGCCGUUGGACCUUUAAGACUUUCCACGUUGACUGUAUGUCAGUCAUUGCCAGUGUUGAGCACUCUGCAGUUAUAUUGUUCAUCUGCAUUGGAAAAUACAGUAUCAAGCAGGCUUUCAUCAGAGGAUUGUCUUAUUCCUCUUUUUAGUGACGCUUUACGGUCGUGCAAACAGCAUGAUGUAAGACCAUGGAUGCAUGCCCUGAGAUAUACUGUGUACCAGAAUCAAUUGCUGGAAAAACUUAAAGAACAAACGGUCUCUGUUAGAAGUCAUCUAAUGGAACUGGGUCUAACGGCAGCAAAAUUUGCUAGAAAACGGGGGAAUGUGGCCCUAGCCACACGAUUGCUUGCUCAAUGCAGUGAAGUUCAGCUGGGAAAAACCACUACUGCUCAAGAUUUAGUUCAGCACUUCAAAAAAUUGUCAGCGCCAGGUCAAAUAGAUGAAAAAUGGAGUCCUGAGCUUGAUAUUGAGAAAACAAAAUUGUUAUACACAGCUGGUCAGUCAACACAUGCUAUGGAAAUGCUGAGUUCUUGUGCCAUAUCCUUUUGCAAAUCUGCCAAAGCCGAAUAUGCAGUAGCUAAGUCUAUUCUUACACUGGCUAAAUGGAUUCAAGCUGAAUGGAAAGAGAUUUCAGGACAACUAAAGCAAGUAUACAGAGCACGACAGCAACAGAAUCUCACUGGCCUUUCUACAUUGUCUAAAAACAUAUAUAUUUUGAUUGACCUGCCGGCUGUUAAUACAAUAGAAGAAGAAUAUCCUAGGAUUGAAAGUGAAUCUACAGUAAAUAUUGGCGUUGGAGAACCUGACUUCAUUUUUGGGCAGCUGUAUCAUCUGUCUUCAGUACAGGCACCUGAAGUAGCCAAGUCAUGGGCAGCACUGGCUAGUUGGGCUUACAGAUGGGGCCGGAAGGUAGUUGAUAAUGCCAGUCAGGGAGGUGUCCGUCUUCUGCCAAAAGAGAAAUCUGAGGUUCAAAGCUUGCUUCCUGACAACAUUUCAGAGGAAGACAGAGAGAAAAUCUAUGGCAUUCUUGGACAGGCAGUAUGUCGUCCAGCUGGAAUUCAGGAUGAAGACAUGACCCUACAGAUCACAGAAAAUGAAGACAAUGAAGAAGAUGACAUGGUGGAUGUUAUAUGGCGUCAAUUGUUGACUAGUUGCCCCUGGCUUUCAGAUCUUGAUGAAAAUGCAACAGAGGGGUUAAUUAAAGUGUGGAGAAAAGUAGUAGACAGAAUCUUCAGUCUCUAUAAACUGUCCUGCAGUGCAUAUUUUACCUUCCUUAAACUCAAUGCUGGUCAGGUUCCUCUUGAUGAAGAUGAUCCCAGACUACUUUUAAGAAACACUUCUGAACAAAGCACUGAUGAUGUUAUUGUGAUGGCAACCUUGAGAUUGUUGAGAUUGCUUGUGAAACAUGCUGGAGAACUUAGACAAUAUCUAGAACAGGGACUAGAAACAACCCCUACUGCUCCAUGGAGAGGUAUUAUUCCUCAGCUCUUCUCCCGCCUGAACCACCCUGAAGUAUAUGUUCGUCAAAGUAUUUGCAAUUUACUGUGUCGAGUAGCUCAAGAUUCUCCUCAUCUUAUAUUGUAUCCUGCAAUAGUGGGUACCAUUUCACUUAGCAGUGAAUCCCAGUCUUCAGGGAACAAGUUGCCCUCUGCAAUCCCUACUUUGCUAGGUAACAUUCAAGGUGAAGAACUAUUAGAUGGUGAAUGUGAAGGAGGAAGUCCCCCAGCUUCUCAAGAAAGUAAUAAGGAUGAACCAAAAAAUGGAUUAAACGAAGACCAAGCAAUGAUGCAAGACUGCUACAGCAAAAUUGUAGAAAAACUGUCUACUGCAAAUCCAACCAUGGUGUUGCAGGUUCAGAUGCUAGUAGCAGAGCUGCGCCGAGUUACAGUUCUUUGGGAUGAACUUUGGUUGGGAGUGCUGUUGCAGCAGCACAUGUAUGUCCUCAGACGGAUUCAACAACUAGAAGAUGAAGUCAAGAGGGUUCAAAACAACAACACUCUACGGAAAGAGGAAAAGAUAGCAAUCAUGCGUGAAAAGCAUACAGCUCUAAUGAAGCCCAUUGUAUUUGCUUUGGAACAUGUACAAAGCAUCACUGCAGCUCCUGCAGAAACUCCUCAUGAAAAGUGGUUUCAGGACAACUAUGGAGAUGCAAUUGAAAAUGCUUUGGAAAAACUUAAGAACCCUUCUAAUCCUGCUAAACCUGGAAGCAGCUGGAUCCCGUUUAAAGAGGUACUGUAUCUUCAAUGUGCUAAUAAAGAAAAUUAUAUAUACAAUCUGAUAACUUCUUCUGCUACAUAUGAUUAAACUG